AUGCCGGAGAUGGCCGGAAGAGAGUUUGGGGGCCGGAGUGGAGUUGGACGCCACUCACCUCCAACGAUUGUCUCAAAAAAAAAACCUCCGACGAAUUUGAAAAGGAAAAGCCGGAGUCCGACCUCCGAUUCUUGUGGCGGCGAGUGGAAAUCUGGAUUUGCCGGCGGGCAGGCAAGCGCCGACGACGCCCACCGUCUGUUCGACGGAAUGCCUCCUGGUAGCGAGGACGAGAGUGCGCCCCUGAGCGCCACCGACCGCAUCGGUGCACUCCCCGACCAUAUUCUCCACCACCUGCUCUCUUACCUCCCAGCGCAGGCAGCCGCGCGGACGUGCGUGCUUGCCUGGCGCUGGCGCCACCUUUGGAAGUCCACUACAGGCCUGCGCAUCGUCGGCCUUGACGAUGAGGAGACUGUCCAAGUUCAAGACCUCCGGAAGUUCCACAAUCAUCUCCUGGUCCUGCGUGAGCGCACCGACCUGGAUACCGUUGAGAUCAAAUUCGAUCUGUUCAAUCAUGACGACGAGCCCUAUGUGAACCUAUGGACCCGUUUUGCUGUGAUUUGCAAAGUUCAGGUGCUCACCCUUCAUAUCCAUGACGAGCUUGAGUACCUCGACCUAGAGGACCUGCCUCUUGUCUCUCGGCAUCUGAGAACACUGAACCUUCAUGGUGUAGCCCUACGAAAGACGUUUGUUGAUUUUGCUAGUUGUACAGCAUUGGCAAAUCUGAAAAUAGAUGAUUGCUUCAUCAAUUUCAAUGAGAUAUCGUCCUGUUCCCUGAAGCAUUUGAGCAUCACUAGCUGUCAAUCUGAUUUGGAUUGCCCGGUCCGUGUUUCUGCUCCCGGCCUUGUCUCUCUGGAACUAGAAGACUUUAUUGGUAUAACCCCUUUGCUUGAAGACAUGGCAUUACUAGAAGCUGCAUGUGUGAAUCUUAGCGUUGAAUGCAAAGAUGUCUGUUUGAAUUAUGACUCUGGUGUUUUCUGCGGAGCUAAUGAUAAUACAUGUAAGAAUUGUGUUCCUGUUAGCGACGAUUGCAGCAGCGAUUGUGUGCUUCUGGGUGGUAUCUCAAGUGCUAAACACCUCAAGUUGAUAUCUGAUACUGGAAAGUUCAUUUUCACAAGAGAUUUGAAACAUUGCCCUACAUUUAGCAAGUUAAAGACUUUAUUACUCAACAAUUACUGGUGCGAGGCUCCUGAUUUGGAUCCACUAUCUUGCAUUCUGACAAACUCACCAGUUCUUGAGAAGCUCACUCUUGAACUUUCUCCCGAGGCGCAAAAUCCUAAACUGGAGAUAAAAGGAAGCUACUGUUGCAUGGAGAGACCGUCUGCAAUAUCAGAGCACCUCGACAUAGUUGAAGUCAAGUGUGAUGUGAUCGAUGAGAUAAUUCUUAAAGUUUUGAAGUUCUUGUGUGCAUUUAACAUACGAUUCAGUUUCGAGUAAGGGUAAGAUCUUGGUUGUUGUCGGUCUUCCAUGUCUCGGCCAUUAGGAAAUUCAAGGCUUAAGCAUAUAUAAGCAUCUUAUGCCAACUCUACUUAGACGAACGAUGUAGAAUCCCCACUAUAUAACUUAUGACCUUAGACCAUCUUGCUGGACUUGGUUUUAUGGUAUCCUGUUGCACCUAAGCGUUUCUUUGUUGGCUUGUGCCCAUGCAUGUUCUGUUAUGAUGGAUCUGUAUAUUUUGUCUCCUGAGCUAAGACAUGGAUGUUUGGAAAA